UGCUCUGAAGCACCAAUGGUAGAGGCUCGGAUCUCCCCAAAACCCACAAUUUCACAUCUGCAAACACUGUCUUCAUCCACUUGACUCCUAAGACCCGCCCACACGUGGCCAACCUUUCGCGUUUUUUAAUGCUUUUUCACUGCAGGUUCAUGUGUUGAGACCAACCUUAUAUGGACUGAUCGGACAAGGUAAUGGCUUAUUUCCCUCUAGCACCCAGCAGUAGCACAGUAUCCAUGAGCCACAUAUAGCACUUCAGCCACUUUGGCAUCCUUCCUGGACUUACAGAGACUGAAUCCACUGCUUUACUUGCUUUAUAGGCAAUGGUUAUCCACAGUGUGCUGCUGCUGCUGCUGCUGCUUUGACUGUACUUCAGCGUAGAGCGACACUUACUCGUCCGAUUUUUUUUUCCUCUGCAAAAAGCGCAUCUGCUUCUUCGCCUUUUUUAUUUUUUUUCUUCUUUCUUUCUCGUGUGUGUUGUUUGUUUGUUUCAAAACAGCGGAUUGUCCGACAAAAAAGGCUGGUGCAGCAACUUUUUUCCCUGCAUAAUUCCCCCCCUUACCCGAAUAUGUCGUUGACCAACACAAAGACGGGCUUUUCUGUAAAGGACAUUUUGGACCUUCCUGACACAAAUGACGAAGAAGGAUCUAUCACCGGAGCGGAGGAAGACACGGAGGGAUCGGAGACCACGUCCACGACGAAAAACACUGGAGUUUUGGUGCAAAGUCCUCUAGAAAACGUUCAAAAUCUGCCUUUAAAGAACCCCUUUUAUGACAGUAGUGACAAUCCUUACACACGAUGGCUUGCUACUACGGACAGUAUUCAAUAUUCAUUGCACGGUCUCUCCGCCAGCUCUCAGGACUCGGCCAAGUCCCCGGAGCCGUCCGCGGACGACGAAUCGCCGGACAACGACAAGGAAACUUCCAGCAGCGGCGGCAGCGACUCCGGCAAGAAGCGGAAAAGGAGGGUGUUGUUUUCCAAGGCACAGACCUACGAGCUGGAGCGCCGCUUCAGGCAGCAGAGGUACCUGUCCGCCCCGGAGAGGGAGCACCUGGCCAGCUUGAUCCGCCUCACCCCGACCCAGGUGAAGAUCUGGUUCCAGAACCACCGGUAUAAGAUGAAGAGAGCCCGGGCCGAGAAAGGUAUGGAAGUGACCCAUCUCCCUUCUCCCAGGCGGGUGGCCGUGCCCGUCUUAGUCAGGGAUGGAAAGCCUUGUCACACUCUUAAAGCUCAGGACUUGGCGGCCACUUUUCAGGCCGGGAUCCCCUUCUCGGCAUAUAGUGCCCAGUCACUCCAACACAUGCAGUAUAACGCGCAGUACAGCGCCGCGGCCACGCCACAGUUCCCCACAGCACAUCACUUGGUGCAAACGCAACAGUGGACUUGGUGAGAGAAAUUAUAGAGACUUGGCUUGGAGGCGCGAUAGGGAGUUUCACCACAAAGCAAAGAGAGAAAAAAAUAAAACACAAAAACAAAAGACUUUUCAUUUUUGCAGCUUGACUCAUACAUAUACUACCAUUUUUAUUCGGGGCUCAUGUGUGCGCCGUGUUUACAUGUUUUCGUUAAGAGAACUGGGUCCAAACCUCUCCCUUAUAGAUUUUAUUAAGAAUGUCAAUGCUCUUCUUGUGAAUUUUUUUGUAAAGUAUGUUGUGUGUUGGUUGUAGAGAUGUUUUCCUCUUUUUUUUCUUUUGUCCCUUCGUGUUAUUAUCAGCACGUACGAACCACUUUAUAAUUAUAGAAAUUUUAAUUUCUUGCUUCUUUUAUGGACCGAAAAAAUAUUUAUGGCCAUGAAUAAACACUGGCAAGUUUUCA